CCAAAAAAAUUUGGCAUCUCUUCUUCUUCCAGUUUCUGGUGUCACUUAUGAAACACAGGUCCCUGUUGCUGCUGCUGCAAAGGAGAUGUGCGGGUUGCAGGGAGACAGCAGCGCCAGGGCAUCCUGAGCCCACACCCAGUGCCUUCCAGCCUGGGUUCGGAGGCAGCGAGGGUCGGCAAGCACCAGGCUGUCAGGACAUCCAACCCACUUUAGCCAGCCUGUCAUAAUUGCUUUGCUCCAAAAGACAAAGGAGGAGAGGAAAAAAGAGGAAUAGAGAUGAAGCGGCUCCAUCUGCUGUGGCUGGCCAGCUUUCUGGGCUCUGUGUCUGGCUGUCCCGAGGUCUGUGACUGUGGUGAGAAGUACGGCUUCCAAAUUGCAGAUUGUGCCUACCGUGACCUCCAGUCGGUGCCCCCCGGCUUCCCAGCCAACGUCACCACUCUCAGCCUCUCUGCCAACCGCCUGGGAGACCUGGAGUCAGGUGCCUUCGAUGAGGUGCCCCUGCUGCAGUCACUGUGGCUGGCUCACAAUGAGAUCCGGGUCGUGGCCCCCGGUAGCCUGGCCCCUCUGGUCUACCUCAAGAGCCUCGACCUGAGUCACAACCUUAUCUCCAACUUCUCUUGGAAUGACCUUCACAAUCUCAGUGCCCUUCAGCUGCUCAAGAUGGAUAGCAACGAGCUGGCUGUGAUACCCAAGGAUGCCUUCAAAAAUCUUGGUGAUCUGAGGUCCCUGCAGCUCAACCACAAUCGUUUCCUGACUCUGGUUGAUGGAACUUUUGAGGGGCUCACCUCCUUGUCCCACUUGCAGAUCAAUGACAACCCCUUUAAUUGUACCUGCGGCUUGCUAUGGCUCAAGGUGUGGGCCGUGGCCACAGCGGUCUCCAUCCCAGAGCAGGACAACAUCGCCUGCUCGUCACCCCCCUUCCUCAAGGGCAUCCCCCUGGGCCGGCUCCCCCCUCUGCACUGUGCCCCUCCCACAGUACAGCUCACCUACCAACCCAACCAAGAUGGGGCUGAGCUCCGGGAUGGUUUUGUCCUUGCCCUGCACUGUGACACUGAUGGGCAGCCCCCACCAGAGGUCCAGUGGCGGAUCCAGACUCCUGGUGGCAAGGUUGAGAUCACCAGCCCCAACGUUGGGCCUGAUGGGCGGGUCCCAGGAGUGGCUGGGUCUCCUCAGCCCCGCUUCCAGGCAUUUGCCAAUGGCAGUCUGCUCAUCCCGGGCUUCGGCAAACAGGAAGAAGGGACCUACAGCUGCCGGGCCACCAACGAGUUGGGGAGCGCAGAGGGCUCUGUGAACGUGGCUCUGGCUUCUCCGGGGGAAGCCAGCGAGGAUGCCCUAGGUCGGAAGUUCCAUGGCAAGGCGGUGGAGGGCAAGGGUUGCUACACCGUUGACAAUGAGGUGCAGCCAUCCGGGCCCGAAGACAAUGUGGUCGUCAUCUACUUGUCCAGCACAAACCCCAAGAAGAACAGGGCCAAUCCCCUUGAGCAGCUGGGCCCCUGGAUUCUUUUCCUGUGUCUCUUUCACCUGGCCUUCUAGCCCCUCCCCUUUCCUCCUUCCUCUCUGUGCCCCUCAACAUCUCCAUCUGGCUAGAGGAUCUAUGGUGCUCUCUCUCUCAUCCAACCCUGUCCUUAUCCACUGGCCUCCCAAAGAUGCCCCGAGACCUUUCUGGUCUUGCCAGGGGUGGAGGGGAAUAGCUGGCAUUGCUUCUAGGAGGUGAAGUGAGCCCUUUUCCAGUGUUUUAGCAUCUACUCUUUGCCCCAAAGAGGCCCAGUGAUGGGCCUUUUAAACCAACUCCAUUUACUCAUGGCUUAGGCAUCCUGAGAAGCCACUGGGCCAACCAGAGGCAGAAUGGGGGCAAUCCAUGAUAUGUGCCUUUAAUUCAACUCCAAAAGCCUGAAUUGUGUGCCUUCCAAUACUCUCUGCUCCUCCUUUUAGUCACCUCCUCCUCACCCCCUUUGCAUUAGCCCCUCCAAGCUUCUCCCAGCUGGUUGGGGCUAGCUCUGAGAAACCAAUUCACUCCAAGGUGCUAUUAAGAACAGCUUCAGUGUGUUUCCCCACCUCAAGUGGAUUCAUGUUCCAACCUGGGGGCAAUAUCUGAGGUGGAAGGAAUGGAGCUUUCAGAGUUGAGUUCUAGGCACUGUUAGAAGCAAUGGGGAGAGAUUUAGCAGAAGGGGGUCCUUCCUAGCUCUUCUCACCUCAUUUCUGUGAGCAGGGAUGCCCCCCUGGGGUCAUUGAGUGAUGGCUGCGGAGACCACUCUGGGCAUAGGCAAAGGAGACAGAGAAGGCUCCAGGCCAUGAUCAUAUGCCUGGGUGGUGCCUGGCCUCUACCUCCUCUCCUCUGAUCUCCCCCUCCCCCAAUCUGAGCUCUUAGUCCCCCAUCCACAGGAAUGGGGACUUGAGAAGGGUCUCCCCUCUCAGAUCAGUGAAACAAGCUGGCGCUGAUCUGAGCCUGCCUCUCUCUACCAAGAGAGGAGUGGGUGUGUUCCCCUUCUCCUAUUCCCUCAUUUGCCUAUGCCCCCCCCAGCCUUCCUGCCUCCUCCCUCAUCUAGAUGUAUUCUCCUAGAGACCCUGUCCCACCUUGUACCCUUGAGCAAUAUUGGGACAGAAGAGGGGCAAAGAAGCUGCCCACUGUAAUAAAUAGUACUUCCCAUGAGGCCUCUGCUGUUUUGCAUUGAGUGGCAUUUGGGUGGGGGUGGGAGGAUGAGGGAGGAGAUAUCCAAUGUGAGAAGAGUCAUCUUCACUCCAAUAUCUCUUGGAUCUUUAGCAAAGGCAAAUCGGUUGAGUAUUGUCCUCACAGUAGCCUUGUGAAUGUUGUAUCCCCAUUUCACAGAUUGGGAACUGAGAAGAUUGAUUUGCAUCCCAACUGGUCCCAGAUGUCUUUACCCAAAGGAAUAAAACAUUAAGUGAAGUCAAGUGUCCUAGCCACAUUCACACAGCUGGUAUGAGGCACGGCCAGGUUUUAAAACCCAGGUCUCCUAGACAUCAUGCCACCUCUUCGGGAGCUCGUCGAUCCAAAGGGGCAAGUCACAGAUAGCAAUAUGUACAUAUCAGCACAUACAUGUCACCCUGUGAGGUGGGAAACGCCCAAGAAGUCCCCUUGAAUUCACCACAUCCAGGGAAAGGGAAGGAGAAGGGGACAUGAAGCUUUUGAUCAGCUAGUAAUACAGGUGCUCCUUGCUUGAAGAAAAACGAAGAUCAACAAAUUAGCCCUUCAACUUAGUGCAGAGAGAUCAGGGGAAGGAUGUAGGAGGCAAAAAUCACUAGCUCUGCAGAGCUAGAUAGUCUCCAGACGGUCCAGGAAGCCAGGGGUUCAGGUGCCCAUGGGGGAUGGAAAAGAAAAUCCAGUUUUAUAGUCAACUUGUUAGGGGCAUGGUAAAAUGGGCACUCCUAUGUAGGAAAAUCCAAGUUCGUUUCAGGAAGCACUUAUUAAGUACCUAUAAUGUGCAAGAGCCUGUACUAGAUGCUGGAGAUAUAAAGAAAAUGACAAAACAGUCCCUGCCUUUACAUUCUGUUGAGAGAUAUGAUAUGCGUGGAUAAGUGAAUACAGGAUAAAUUGGGAAGGGAGAGAGCACUGUCAAUCCCUGGGGUAACGAAUGUGAAAGUCACUUAGAAAGUAUGAAGUCUUCUUCAUAUGUAGCAUUAUCAUCAAAAUUAUUGUAACCUGUGGACCCAGAAUCCCAGAUUUGGCUUUAACUAAACACAUCUGCUCUUAGAGGUACCCCACAAGUCACUCUCUGUGGUUUGUGUUCUCCAUCCUGUGAUCCCCCUAAGAACAUUAGGAUAGAGCUCUUGUCUGGGUCUAACACCAAGGAAUGGCUUGAUCCAGGCUUGCUUCCUAUUGGUCCUAGAAUACAACUGCCUCUCUCCGAGCCUCAGUUUCCUUAUCUGUAAAAUGCUUGUGGCCACACAACUAGUAAUUAAUAAAGGUGGGAGCUGAAUCUAA